UCCACAAGAGAGGAUGCGCAUAAAAUAAUCAUUUUUUUCUCCUCGCUCCCUUGCGAAUGCGAUGAUGUGGGAAUGGAAUUUCUAACUGAGACAGGAGUUGCGUGUCCAAAAUGUAGACAUUUGCAUGUAACCAAGAGAUGAGGAUAAACCACUAAGAAUGUUUUGCACAAAAUUGAAAGACCUGAAAAUCUCUGGAGAAUGCCCAUUCGCCGGUAUUGGUCGUGUGGACGAACCCGGAGACUUUGAGGAACGUACAAGUGACUAUCCUGGGGAUGUACUGGCAAUUUCCAAGGAUGUGUAUGGACAUGUAUCGGAGGUGCUACCUCAAAGGAAGACAAGCAAGACUAGAGUCAAUCUUCAUUCUUUGGGGGAGAGCAUCCGCAAAUUAGCAUGUCCCGAGUUUCAAAGACUGCAUACUGCCUUUCUGCAAAUGAUGAAACAGCAUACGUUAGACAAGAAAUGCCCUUCCGUGUGUUAUGCAGACAUCUGUCAAGAUAGGACCUUUGAUCGACCAGAGCAUUUACUGGAGAUCAUGAAGAAUUAUUCUCUCAAAACAGGUAUUCACAUGGACGCUUUGAAAGUCUCCCUUGGCGAGGAGCUGUUCCAAACGUGCUUCGACGAGGAUGGCCAUAUUCUGCGGGUGGUGGGGGGAGCCCUCAGCGACUUCCUGAACAGCUUCAAUGUCCUGUUGAAACAGGGCAGCGUCCCAAACCCGCCAGAACCAGCCGCUCUGCAAGCCAACCCAGACAGAAUAACAGAUCAUGUAAACAACGAAGCAGCGUCGGUGCUGUGCCUGGACAAGGAUCUGGGUCUGCACACAGUCUACUACUUCAACCCCGGGCAGACCACGGAGUUCUUCUUCCCUGGGGUCAUCAAGGCGGCCGCCCGCCUGCUCUACGACACCACCGUGGAGGUGUUGAGGGUCAUGGAGAUGGAGAUGGACCUUCAAGGAGGCACCAAGGAGAGCGUAGGCCCCUUGCAGUUCCAAGCUGGGCCCCGGCAGCCCAGCCUGCUCUACUCGGUGGUGGUGAAGGAUGCCAAGAGCCUGAGCCCCAGUCCCAUGAGGGCCACGUCGGUUGGGACCAUGCCCACCUCGCUCUUCUCCUCCACCUUCCCCUUCCACCUCUUUCUGGAUCAGGACCUGGGCCUUUUGCAAAUCGGGGACGGCCUCCGGAAGAGGCUUAGCCGGAAGGAUGGCCUGAGGCGGCCCGCUGCCUUCCAGGAGCACUUUGCCAUCGUCACGCCCCAGAUCAGGUGCACCUUCCAAGGCAUCUUGACUAUGCUGAACACACAGUUCAUAAUUCGGAUAAAGCACCAAGGGGGCUCCAUGGCCGAUGACACGGGGAGGCUCAUGGACCUGAAAGGCCAGAUGAUCUGCAUUUCAGAGUCCAAUGCCAUCCUCUUCCUGGGCUCGCCGUGCGUAGACAAGCUGGAGGAGCUGACUGGCCGUGGCCUCUACCUGUCUGACAUCCCCAUCCACAACGCCCUGCGCGACGUGGUCCUGGUGGGCGAGCAGGCCAAGGCCCAGGAUGGCUUGAAGAAGCGCCUAGGCAAGGCCAAGGCGGCCCUGGAGCACGCUCACCUCGCCCUGGAGGAAGAGAAGAAGAGGACGGUGGAUCUGCUUUUCACCAUUUUCCCGGGGACGGUGGCCCAGGAACUUUGGCAAGGCCACACGGUGGAUGCCAGGGAGUUUGAGCAUGUCACCAUGCUGUUCUCGGACAUCGUGGGCUUCACGGCCGUGUGCUCACGCUGCACGCCUAUGCAGGUGGUCACCAUGCUCAAUGAGCUGUACACACGCUUUGACCACCACUGCGGGGAGCUGGAUGUAUACAAGGUGGAGACUAUCGGUGAUGCGUACUGUGUGGCUGGUGGCUUGCACAAGGAGAGCGAGACUCACGCAGUGCAGAUUGCCCUCAUGGCGCUGAAGAUGAUGGAGCUGUCCGAUGAGGUCAGGACGCCCACUGGCGAGCCAAUCAAGAUGCGAAUUGGCCUGCACACUGGCUCAGUUCUGGCCGGUGUUGUUGGCGUGAUGAUGCCGCGCUACUGUCUGUUUGGCAACAACGUCACAUUGGCAAAUAAGUUUGAGUCCUGUAGCGUACCUAGAAGAAUCAACGUUAGCCCCACAACCCACAGAUUGCUGAAAGAUUGUCCAGAGUUCGUCUUCAUUCCCCGGACCAGACAGGAUCUUCCGCCAAACUUCCCGCCGGAUAUUCCUGGUGUUUGUUACUUCUUGGAGACUUUUGAUCAAUGGUCGGGCAAAAUCACAAGUGACUGUGAGACUGAUGAACCAUGCUACAGCAAUACAAACUUCAUGGUUGAGCAAACAUAGAUAGAUGAUGAGACACAGCCAAACCUGGGUUCAAUUAAUAUUUGAAAUCUUUGAGCGUUUGAUUGAGCCUGCCUGGAGCGCCAAAUUGGCAGAGUUUGCACUUUUAGCAAUAUUCCAUUGGUUCCGUUGUGCCAUGCAAGCUCAAUCAAGCAGAGCUAAAGUAUUUGAAAGAAAACUAAUAUUUGUACCCAGGUCUAAAUACAGCUAGCACCCGUUGCUGUAGAGUUCUUUAGAGGAUGUAGAAAUGUUGAUUAUUCUCUUACAAAAUCACUAGAUGUACAUUUUGUAUGCUUUCACUGGUUUAUUCACCUCACCAGAUUCACAUCAUUUCUUAAACUGUAAUUACACUACAACUGCCUAUGUAACUACCAUGUAAAUACAUACAGGUAUUAAUCACACAUUGGGACUUAAUGGGAUAGUCACCCAAAUUACAAAAUGACAUAUUGGUUUCCUUACCCUGUAAGCAGUCUAUGGACAAAUUAAGAAAGCAAUCUGUGCUUUAAUUUGGAUUAACUGUUCUCCAAAUGCAAGUCAAUAUCCCUGCAUUUUUCGCCUCUCAUCUUGUCCUUAGACUGCAUACAAGCUAAGUGCCAAGGAAACCAAUAUACCAUUUUGGAAUUUGGUUGAACUAUCCCUUUAAAGAGAAUUACACAAUAACUAAUGUCACGGCAUGGCUAGUGUCACGACUUCUGCCGAAGUCAGCUCCUCUCCUUGUUCGGGCGACGUUCGGCGAUCGACGUCACCGGCUUUCUAGCCAUCGCCGCUCCAUUUUUCGUAUAUCCAUUUGUCUUGUCUUGUUUCCAUACACACCUGGUUUUCAUUUCCCCAAUUAAGCUACUUGUAUUUAACUCUCUGUUACCCAUCAUGUGUUGUGUGUAAUUGUUUUCAUGUUAGGUGGUGUUAGUUUACGCGCUCUACGUUUAUGUUCCGUAUUUUGAGCGCGUUUGUUUCAUGUAG